AAGUACAGAGCAGCGCUCACACUGCAGGAGGGUGAGCGCUCGCUGCAUGAUCUUCCUCACGAUCUUCUCCAGAUCGGUCUGCUCCUCAAACAGAUCAUUGACCACCUCCAGUAAAGCCUGAAGCAGCAGAAGCGUCCGAAACCUACGAGGGGAGCACGGAAUGCCACGAGAGCGGUCGUACCCAAGCCCAAAAUCCACGAGGAGGCUUCCGAACGGACGAGUGGCAUGUUGAGGACUGUGGAUAGGAUGCAUUGGAUCACCACUUAUCAGAUGCACUACAGAGGGUUGCAGAACGCUUGCAGAACUGAUGACUUCAGGGGAAAUUUGUGCGAGCCCAAUGGGAGGACUAUUGAGGAGAUAAACGAAAGGAACGUAUUAGUAACCUUCACCAGAAAUGACAUUUUUGGGUGUCCCCCCGACAUACGUCAUAAAACCACAACGGGGGAGAGAAUACAAGCCACGCCCUUUAAAGUUUCGUCGGCUUCAUUCUUAACUCCUAUUGGCUCUUAUCUGGAUCAACUACCAAGUCUCCGCCUUCUGCAUGCCGCGGUGAACAAAUGUUUUUUUUCCCCCCCUGUAUGAGUGGAAGCUAUGCUGGUGAGCGUGUCACGAACCAGAAGGGAGUCUGCUUGAUUCAAUAUCUUCUUGUCAUUUUUGCUGCCUCUUUUUUUUGUGCCACCAUCUUCACCAGUCCAUCUGUAACUCCCAUCACGAACCUGGAAACUAUGACCUUCGGGAGAGUCCCUUAACCGUGUUUGGCGGUGAGCAAAUGUGCGUCACGCCAGGUGUAUGUGACUCACACCUCCUUGGGAGCUGUUAAACAUAGGCCUCAUUAGACGUCACCUUCUUCAGACUAGAGCAAUGUUGCUGGCACUUCAGUCCUAGUGUGCGGUGAGAUGGGCUCGGAGGAGUGCACUUCAGUUAUGUCGCAGAAGAUCUCCUUGUCCCGUAGCAACAGCAGCUCCUCAUCCAAACAUGACAGUCGACAGGACAGCUGGGAAAUUGUGGAAGGUCUGCGGGGAGGCUUUAGCAGUGUCUCGGAGCUGCAGAAACAGGAAGGCUAUGUACUCAAGAAAAGAAAGUGGCCCCUAAAGGGCUGGCAUAAGAGAUACUUCUCCCUGGACAAGGGCAUUCUGAAGUACGGCAAGUGCAGCGCUGAUAUUGAGAAAGGGAAGCUUCAUGGCUGCAUUGAUGUGGGUCUGUCCGUUAUGGCCAUUAAGAAGAAAGCCAAGUGCAUCGAUCUUGAUGCUGAGGAGAACAUCUAUCACCUGAAGAUCAAGUCACAGGAGCUGUUUGAUGAAUGGGUAUCCAAACUACGUCAUCACCGGCUCUAUCGGCAAAAUGAGAUUGCCAUGUGUCCCAACGACAAGUCCUUCCACUUCGCCCACUACCCUUCCCCCGCAUCCUCUAGCUUUGCCGAUAGCGCUCCUAUUAGAAAGUGUGUGCCUAUACGCAGGCAGUCUUCAGCUGGAGCUUUCCCUUUUAGCUGCAACAGCCAAGCCAAGGUAACAGCCUGGCUGCAGUCAUCUGAUGACAUGGACAAGUGCUCCAAAGACUUGUCAGUUUGUGAGGCGUACCUACUUGAACUGAGCCACCUUCUUCAGAGCAUGGAGGUCCUCCAUCGUACUUAUUCUGCACCCUCCAUCCAGGCUCUUCAGGCAUCUACAUUUGACAGCCCUAAAAAAGAAAAGAGGCUUCAGAGAAAAUGGCGCACAAAAAACUACAACAAAGACAUCAAAACAACUCUGCAGGUUCCCAGCUGCAUCUCUGGUUCCAUCCGCCUCCAUUCCUCGAACCCCAACCUCUCCUCUGCGGCGUUGGCCAAUGACAAAGUCGACCAAGAGUCUCUGGAUUCUCCUUUUGAUGCGGCCAAGCUGCAGGAGGAUUUCUGCCGGGUUGCCACGAAUAUGCACACCACCAUGAAAUCGGCUCUGAGUUCACUAGCGUCGGAGAGGGAGCGAUUAAAACAAUGUGCGGAGCAAGACACCUGUCCGCCAACCUCCCCACAAGUGGUCGGUUUGAAGAACGCGCUGACAACGGCUUUAGCGCAGAAUUCAGAACUGCGAGAGCGCCUCUGCAGGAUUCACGCCGAGUCUCACAUCGUAGAACCCUCAAUAGUCAACCUCGCUGCCCCCGUGCAGAAACAAGAGGAGCAUGUAUCCGAAUCCCGUUCUCUGGUGCAUCAAGAGUCCAAUGAAAGCAGAGCCGAGUCGCUGUCUGAGUUCUUUGACGCGCAGGAGGUUCUGUUGUCCAAUAGUUCCUCUGAAAAUGAGGUGUCAGAAGAUGACUCGUACAACAGCGACGUUAGUGACAACAACUCCAUGGACCACUUUAACAAUGAGACUGAAGAUGACAGACAAAAUUCAGGUUCCGUCCUCUGCCGACGUCGAUCCCGUCUACCUUCACCCAGCCCCAGCAGCAGCGCUGUCAGCCUGUGGAACAUCCUCAGGAACAACAUCGGCAAAGACUUGUCCAAAGUGGCCAUGCCGGUGCACCUCAACGAGCCGCUUAACACCCUGCAGAGGCUGUGUGAGGAGUUGGAGUACAGCGAGUUGCUCGAUCAGGCCGCCGACACGCAUGAUCCUUUUGAACGCAUGGUGUUCAUCGCUACAUUUGUGAUAUCGGGUUACGCAUCCAGCUACUACAGAACUGGCGGGAAGCCUUUCAAUCCCGUCCUGGGAGAGACUUAUGAAUGCGACCGGCCAGAUAAAGGUUUCCAGUUCAUUGCAGAGCAGGUCAGCCAUCAUCCACCGAUCUCGGCUUGCCAUGCAGAGUCUAAAAAUUUUGUCUUCUGGCAAGACGUGAGGUGUAAGAACAAGUUUUGGGGGAAGUCGAUGGAGAUUGUUCCUGUAGGCAGCACCCACGUAACGCUGCCUGGGUCCGGAGACCACUAUGAGUGGAACAAGGUGACAUCGUGCAUUCACAACAUCCUGAGCGGGCAGCGCUGGAUCGAGCACUACGGCGAGAUCUCCAUCAGAAACUCCAACAGCGACGCCUGCCAAUGCAAGAUCACGUUUGUCAAAGCUAGAUGGAACUCGAGUGGCAACGAGGUGGAAGGAACCAUCACGGAUCAGAAGGGGAACGUGAUCCAUCGGCUCUUCGGGAAGUGGCACGAAGCCGUUUAUUGCGGGGACCCGCCCUCGGCCACGUGCGUCUGGAGAGCAAAUGUCAUGCCAGUUGAGCACGAGCAGUACUACGGUUUCACCAAGUUUGCCGUUGAGCUGAAUGAGAUGGACGCUUCCCUGAAAGAGCUGCUGCCACCCACUGACACCAGACUACGUGUGGACCAAAGACUGCUGGAGGAGGGGAAGGUCGAAGCUGCUGAGGAGCAAAAGCAAAGGAUUGAACAGCUGCAGAGAGAAAGACGACGAGUCCUUGAGGAGAGCAAUGCCGAACAUCAACCAAAAUUCUUCCGGAAGUCAAAGGAUGACUCGUGGGUGAGCAACAACACUUACUGGGAACUGAGAAGCAAUCCCGGCUUUGCACACACAGAUUUCCUGACGUUGUGGUGACCUGAACUGAAACAUAAUUCAGUGGAAACAUCCACAUUCAGCACCGACAGUCUUUUUUUUAUCGUUGCCUUAACAACAAGUGCUUAUUUAAGUUGUGUAAACAUAUUAUGCACCCUGAGAAUGUGGCUCUAUACAGUUGGAGAAAUGUGAAAAGGAUGACGAGUCCACCUCAUUACAAGCGCCGACUCAUUUAGAAGGUACUAAUUAACCGGUACCUCAUUAAAAAAAAAGUAUUGAAUGGCAUCUCAUCUUGUCAUUUAGACAAUCUCUACCUCAGAGAUACAGUAGCCUUGUUAUGCCAUUGAUUAACAUUAACAUCAAAUAUUUAUUCUGCACAUGCCUGAUGCCUUAUUGGUCAUUCAUUUUUAUUUGUUUGUUUUAGAUGUUUUUAAAAAAACAAAAAAAAAAACAUGUAUAGUUUGUAAGGUGCUCUGAAAAUGAAACCAAUCUGUACUGGAAGUUUGUUUUUAUUUGACAACUGUGCUAAUUAUUUGUGACUGACUGUGUGAAAUCUGUGAAUGAUGCAAACUGGAGAAGUUGUAGCAAAUAUCACACACUUAUUCAUUUGUUCACCUCAUCCGAUGCGCCUUUGGUGGUGAUGCAGGCCAAGCUGUGCUGCGUCAGCUCAAAUAAAUGCUGCGAUGCUGCCCUCUUGUGGA